UGUGCAAGCAUCGCCACGGGGAGAUUGGGGGUGGCAAGACUUUUGAGUUACGCAAUGAUUUCAUUUAAUACCCUCCCCCGAGGAUACACAGAGCCCCACAUGCACCCUGUGUCCUUUAUUUAUUAUUUAAACGAUGACCUUUUUAUUAAUUAGCAGCCCGCCCUGUCCCCCUUUAAACACAGGUGCACAUUUCUUAUUUUACUACACGACUGAGGACGCGACAGGCUUCAAACUAAUUAACACUAAUUAGCAGGGGUCACGUGAUCCGUUCCACGCGUCUUUUGGGGGGAAAAAGUGGAUGUUUGUGGAGUGAAAAUUAGCCAAACUGUAAGAAGAUGAAUUAUUAUUAUUAUUGUGCAAAACUUUGUGUAGUUGCUUUACUUUUUACAACCGUGGCUCGGAGAUGUUUGUGCGUCCAGAGGAGGAAGACACCUGAGCGGAGGCCACGGCUCGCGGUGCCCACGGUCACCUGCUCCAGCCGCGGGAUCAAAGCCGUGUUCGGUCCGCAGGUGAACGCAAUCGUGUGUUUCCCAGAUUUGUCAGGAGCUCGAGUCCCUGUGUCUCAGUCUGAGGGGACAUGUGGGGUGAGGAAAAGCGGAAAGGAGGACCGGAGCUUCGCGUUUUACAGCAGAUAUGACAGCUGCUAUUCUCACAUUCAGGGAAGCAAAGUGGUGAUCCCUCUGCAAGUCCAGCUGACCGGAGAGGAUCGGUGGACCAAGUUAAAUAUCAGCUGUCCCCUGAUAAAGAGACGCAGCGUCAAGACCGACUCGGAGCCGACACCAUCCCCUGGAAACUGUGACACGGAAAGAGAUCUGCGAGUAGAUUGUGGAGACAAAAGCAUUUACAGAGAGGCCUGCAUCAAACUCGGGUGCUGCUUUGAUUCUGAGGAUUCAUCCUGCUUCUACAAGCUCAACGCCUGCUCUCUGGACGGACACUUUGUGUUCACGGUUCACGCUACGGACACGCAGCCGCCCAUUGAUCCUGGAAACCUCAUAAUCAAGGAUCAGCCUCAUUGUUUGCCGGCCGUCACGACCGCAGACACGGCCGUCUUCAAGAUAGGAGCCGCAGACUGUGGUGCAAAGAUGAAGGCAGAUGGAGACAUGUUGAUCUAUGAGGUGGACGUGGAGGAGUGGAGCCCCAAGAGUAGAAGCAAACACUUUCCAUUUAGUCUCCAGGUCGAGUGUGAAUACGAGGCAUCGGAUCUAAAACAAGCCGCUGAGUUGAGGUCGUGGUUUGCUGUCACCGAUCCACCGCCCGUGGUUGCACAGGGAACCAUUAAAGUUCAGAUGAGAAUAGCCACAGAUUCAUCCUUCAAAUCGUUCGUUCCCGAGGACCAGCUUCCUGUGACGCUGCUGCUCGGUCAGGCCGUGAACGUGGAGGUCUCCCUGGUGCAGCCGUCCCCGGACCCUUCGCUGUCCCUGCGCGUACGGGACUGCUUCGCCUUCCCCGCGUCUCGUCGGUCGGUGUGGACGCUCCUCUACGACGGAUGUCCCAACCCUCUGGAUGACAUGAGGAGCUCUGUCCCCGUGGACGACCGUGGGAAGACCAGCACCCACUCACAGACCAGGAGGUUUGACGUCAAGACCUUCGCCUUCUUGAACCCUGAGACAGGUCAUCCAAGUGUGGAGGAGAUGUACUUCUACUGUUGGGUGGAAAUCUGCACCGACGACAUCGACUGUUCUCAGCGCUGCAGCCUCGUGUCAUCCGAGGGCGAGAGGCAGAGGAGAGAGGCCAUAUCCGAGUCCCACCCGGCUCAGCUGGUCUUUGUAGGGCCGCUGAAGACGUCCCAGAAUAACACGGAACCAGAGGACGGUCCGUGUCAGAGACAGAACACGAUGUUCCAGGUGACGGUGUACGUCCUCGCUGGUGUCUCCACCGCCCUGCUCCUGCUCCUGAUCUUCAUCAUAUGGUCGAGGUGUCGGAGGACGGACGUGCAGCAAACGUGUGACGCUGCAAGUUAAACGUUGCCCUCUGAUUGGCUGCCUCGCUGUGGGGGCGGGCCUUAGCCCCUUUAUGUCCUCUGGUGACUUUCACCCAGCCCUCCUCGUCCUCCUGCUGCUGGUUGGCCUCCGCUUUCUGACGCUCUUCUUCCUGUUUCCAAGAAAACAAAUAAAUAAAUAAAAGGAAUGACCUCAUA